AUGAGCCAAGAAACUAUUCAGGUUGGCCUUGAGCUUGCUGAGCAAUUUCGCCAGUACCGCCUGGCACUGCCCGACAAGUCCACGAUCGUUGCCUCCAGCAGGACAUUGGGGAAGCGCAUCGCCAGGGUGUUAUCGGGCCAUGGUCAUCUCAUAUCAUACGCAAGUCAGGCCACCGACCUUGGCCUCGACACUACCGCAGGCAGGCGCAGAUCUGCCAAGAAAACGACGGCCCGCAGAGACAAGACACGCCGUCGGUAUGGUCGCAUCCUUCGCUUACGACAGCUGGGCACGAAGGUCCACACCGAGGCCUCGGGGCUAUGGUCGACAGGUGCUCUGCCGCAGGCUGCCUACGGUCAUCAGGCGGCGGGCGUACCUCCAUCCCUCGUCUUGGCCCUCAGACGGCAGGCCAGCAGUGCCUUUGCUGGGACCAAGAAAGGCCGCUGCCUCACGUCGACGUUGGCAUGCACACUACAGGACCGGGACCCCGCCAUACAGUUCCCAGUCGGUUUGAUCAUGACCUGGUUUGAGACUUGGUUUAGCCAUCCUGAGCUCCACCCUGCCAUUCGUCUAGCUUGGCCCGUCAUCAAGCAGAAGGCACUCCACAACCAGAACGCCUCCUGGAACCGUGUGCGAGGGCCAAUAGGAGCAGUCAUCGCUACCCUUCACCAGAUGAGGUGGAUAUCGCACUCUCCUGAGGCCUGGGAGAGACCAAUUGACAACGGCUCGGACACGUGGACCUUCCCACCGUAUGGAUCCGAGGACUUCAAGGUUGCCGACGCCAUGGAGUUAGUAGACGACUUCAUCCAAGAUCGGAAGGCACAGCUGUGGGCUUUGGCAGCAAACCACGUCGACUCAAGCGACCUGCACCACGGAGCGGACUUCUCUGGCGUCACUCGAGAGUUGCAUCGUUUUGAGCAGCAGGCAGAGACCGACCCGUGGGCUGCCACUCUCACGGUGGCCACGGGUGGCCAGUGGUCCUCUCCCAUCCUCAUGGCCUGGACGGCCUCACACCUGGAGCAGGACCCCGAUCGGCUCAGGUCCUGGGACGAGGCCUUCGCUGCGGCCGGCAACGCGGCCGCGGACGCGCUGGCCAAUCAGGCCUCGGCGCGAGGACAGGAUUUGACACCGAACGGCUGGCACCAUGGAGCCUCCGUUGCCGCCGAGACCUCGGCCGAAGGCGACGGCGCCCAGGUCGCUGGUUACAUCCUGGACAAGCGCAUCGGCAAGGGGUCGUACGCGACCGUGUGGCGAGGGCGCGCGGAGAGCAGCGACGAGGCCGUGGCAGUCAAGGUCAUCAGCCGCCAGACCGUCACGGAGACCGGGCAGUUGCGCUCGGAGGUGGAGGUCCUCCGACGCAUCUCCCACCCCAACAUCGUACGCUUCCGCGACCUGAAGAAGAGCGCGUCGCACUUCUACUUGGUCCUCGAGUAUUGCGCGGGCGGCGACCUGUCGCGGUUCCUGAAGGAGCGCGGCCGCGUGGCCGAGGACCCCGCGGGGCGGCUCCUGGCGCAGAUCGCCUGCGGCCUGUGCGCGCUCCACCGCGAGAACGUGCUGCACAGGGACCUGAAGCCGCAGAACAUCCUCCUGUGCGACAGCUCCGACGCCCCCGCGCUCAAGAUCGCGGACUUCGGCUUCGCGCGGGGGCUGCAGCCGCAGGACAUGGCGGCCACGGUGUGCGGCUCGCCGUUGUACAUGGCCCCAGAGAUCUUGCGCCACGAGCCGUACGACGCCAAGGCCGACCUGUGGUCCGUGGGCGCCAUCCUGUACGAACUCCUCAUGGGGAGGCCGCCCUUCUCGGGCGCCAACCCCAUGCAGCUGUUGGCGAACAUCGAGAAGCAGGACCCUCGGAACUCCCCGUUGUCGGUGCCGAGGGCGAGGGGGCAAUGCGCGCCUUGCGCGGCCUCCCUCUCGCUUCGCCCCCAUUGCCCCUAG